UAGUCCCUCGUAGUGACGGGCAGAUCGGAGGCUCGCCACCUGGCGAUGUGAGUUUCGGAGUUGCAAGGCGUCUCCAGGUGUUAGUCUGAUCCCACAGCUGUUCAUUAAUCUGCCCUUUCUUCCUCCCUCCUGUCACGCAGAGACUUUACCGGAACCAUCAUGUGUGACUCCCCGCGGUGAGGACGGGACGCUCGCUCUGUGAGACUGCAGCGGAUGGAUGGACGUGUCCGUUCUAGGGCGCACCGGGAUAAUACAGUGAACUGACGGAGGAUCAGUGUUCCACUCGGCUCUGUGUUAUUUUUUUUUUCUGGAGUUCAUCCUUUUUUUUUCCUCCAUCUCUGGAUUGUUACAUUUAGUGGUGGGAACGUGCAACAUUUAUUCCUCCGGCUUUGAUCACCUGCUAUGUGUGUGGAGUGGAAAAUACCUGGUGGAAGGUGUACAGCGGGAUCCAUCCUGGGAGGACAGCACAUCUGCAACUGAUACAGCCCCGUUUCUUGCUUAUUUUCCUUUUUAAUCUGUGCGUAAUGUGCGUGGAAUGAAGACAGAGGAUGGAUAUAUUUUGGGAAAUAUUGAUAAUUCUUCAAGCCAAUCUUAUUGUCUGCAUAUCAGCGCAGCCGAAUCCGCCCAAAAUUCACGAAGGAUGGUGGGCGUACAAGGAAGUGGUGCAGGGGAGCUUUGUUCCAGUGCCGUCGUUCUGGGGGCUGGUGAACUCGGCCUGGAACCUGUGCUCGGUGGGGAAGAGGCAGUCCCCCGUCAACAUCGAGACCAGCCACAUGAUCUUUGACCCGUUCCUCACGCCGAUAAAGCUGAACACAGGCGGACGCAAGGUGGGAGGGACCAUGUACAACACGGGCCGCCACGUCUCUCUGAAAUUGGACAAGGAGCACCUGGUGAACAUCUCCGGAGGGCCGAUGACGUACAGCCAUCGCCUGGAGGAGAUCCGGCUACACUUCGGCAGCGAGGACGGGCAGGGAUCUGAACACCUGCUGAACGGACAGGCCUUCUCCGGAGAGGUUCAACUGAUCCACUACAAUCACGAGCUGUACACAAACUACACAGAAGCUGCUAAGAGCCCCAACGGACUCGUCAUAGUGUCCAUAUUUAUGAAGAUUGCUGAGACGUCAAACUCCUUCCUGAAUCGAAUGCUGAACAGAGACACCAUCACGAGAAUAACGUAUAAAAAUGAUGCGUAUCUCCUGACCGGUCUGAACAUCGAGGAGGUUUAUCCGGAGACAAAUAGUUUCAUCACGUACGAGGGAUCGAUGACCAUCCCUCCAUGCUUCGAGACAGCCACAUGGAUCCUGAUGAACAAGCCGGUGUACCUCACGCGCAUGCAGAUGCAUUCUUUGCGGCUGCUCAGUCAGAAUCAGCCGUCUCAGAUCUUCUUGAGCAUGAGCGACAACGUUCGUCCCGUCCAGCCGCUGAACAACCGCUGCAUCCGCACCAACAUCAACUUCAGCAUGCAGGGCAAAGACUGCCCCAACAACAGGGCUCAGAAGCUCCAGUACCGAGUGAACGAGUGGUUGCUAAAGUAGCCUCCCUUGGAUGAGCAUGGAGAUGAGUGUCAGAGAGAAGGAGCGGCACGAGGAGGGGAAUGAAGAAGGAAGAGGAGGAGGAGGAGGAGGAGGAGGUGGAGGUGGAACCAGUCUGCAUCUCAUCUGUUCAUGGCAUUGUAUAAAGACAAACACCGGACACUAUAUGAAUUAAAGACCUUUGUACUGCGAGCAAAGAGACUCUUCUUUUCAUACAUUGAGAACAGUUUGAUCCCUCGAUCUUACACAUGCUAACGAGCCCUUUCCCCCACUGUACAACUAUAUCUACACGGACAUUUUGAUACUUUUUUGGGAGAAAACCAAAAAAAAAAAAGGGGGACACUUGGAAUCUAAAAAAACAACAACAUGGAAGCAUUUAUUUGAUAGCCUCCCAACCACUAGGACAACGUUGGGACUUUAAAGCCUUUGUACAUAAAAAAUUGUUGCUAUCAGUGGGAAAAUCCAAGGACCAAGUCACUGCCCCCAUCCCGCCGGUGAAGUCGACACUCACACGGACGUUUCAUCACCGUCACCAACAAGGCAUGCAAUCAGAAAAACCCGAGCGAGAGGGAGCACAGCCUUUUACCUUUUCAUCUCCAAACCAGAGUCAUGUCAAGGGAGACGAGCAAAUAUUUACCGGCUUUCUUACGGCCUUGGAGCAACCAGUGUCUUGGCCUCGUUUGUACAUAUUAUAAUUAUCAAUACUGCAGAAAAAUGAAUAUGUAAAGAAAAGUAAUGAACUAACAGUCAAAAGAUAUAUUAAGAGGAUUUAAAAAAAAAAGAUAAAGAGUUGAGAAUUUUAAAAAGCUUGGCGCACUUUGAACUGAAGCAGUCUGAGCUGAUGCCUUUUUUCUGUUUUCUUGUUUACAAUGGUCAUACACUGUGUUUGAGUAAUGUUAUCAGCCCAAUAAAUGUGUCUGGAAAAGUUCACUUUGGAAAAUGCUUCACUAUAUGAGCUUCUGACCUAUUGUACCUGUACCUGUUUUGUACUGUUCCAUAUUAAAUGUGUUGAUAUGUCAA